AUAUAUACCACACAAAAAACAAACUAGUCAGCUUGGAUAUAGAUAUAUUUGUGGAGAACCAGUAUAUGUACCACACAAAAAACAAACUAGUCGGCUUGGAUACAGAUGUAUUUGCGGAGAACUAGUAUAUGUACACAUACAUAUAUGUGGGUAGAGCUGUUUAGUUGUUGACGAGAUGGAGCGAGAUCUCUUGAGACCGUUGUGAGAAUGGAGCAGAGCUUCAUCGGCCUCUGAGCUGGAGCAGCCCUGAAGGCCUACCUUGACUCGGGGCCCCUAAGUCCCCUUCCUGCCAUCCUCCCAUGACAUUAAUUUCUCCCCACUUCCAUCAAAUGCGGGCAACUUUGUACUUAUUGGCCUAGUUCACUUUCCGGGGUAGUUCCCUCCUUUAGAUGUAAGCCCUCAGCCAGUGAGGAUGAGGGUCGCGGCGGGACGGGUGUUCGCGUUAGGGACAAGUGUAAAGCCUGCCCAAAGGCGCCGCCCCCUGUCGGGUGUUCGCGAGACUGGAGGGAGGCCGCCCCUUGGGAGGAUGUGCAGCAAACUUCGUUUUGCUCCCGGCGAUCUCCCGUUUUCUAUUAGUUCACGGCGACCCCUCGCGGUUCUCAGCCACGCGUGUGUGCGUGUGCUUUGUGGAGAGCGAGUUAAUGACGAUGGGCUUGUGCAGGUGCUCAGACACACAAGGAAGAGCCGGAAGUAAUCGCCUCCCCACCCCCACCACACUCCCGGCCGUAGCCUUGGAAAAAAACUCACAGAGAAUGAUUCAUUACUAUUCUUGCACACACACAAAAGUGUCUUUGGGGUUUUGCAGAUCAGGCGCCAUAACAGCUUUGCGGGUCCAAGCAAAUAAAACGGCCUCAUGAAGGGAUGGGAAACUAAGCUAAAAUCUGUAACUAAAUUCCCCAAGUGUGGAACCCAGAGAAAUCCCGGAGAGGGAAGCUUCCUUAGCAUAUCCAGCACGCUACGUUGUCCUCUAGGAGGCGCUAGUCCCCGGGAGAUACAUCUUGCCCAGAGGCUCCGCCCCCUCAACCGAUCGCCUGCGCUGUGCACGCUGGGAAUUGUAGUUUCCCGUUUCGCGUGGUAAGCCCAGGCCCAAGAGGCCGGGGACUCACUUUCCCAGCUUAUUGCGCGGCCCCAGGUGCUAUCUGGGUGAUUAGAAACCGGGAAAAAUGGCGGCCCCUCAGCGACGUUAAGGCCGCGUAGAGCGGUUCGGCUCCGGUGUGCCUAUUUCUUUUAACUCUGCUAAAGUGAAGUUCUACUUCCAAGGUGAAGAGUGUGUUGUCCCAAGCUUCAAAGAUUUUGUGCAGCUGUUUUCAGGGAUCUGUUGGGACUUGAGCAUACCCCAGGCAGACGGGGAACAGAAUCACUUUUGCUCAGCCCUUCGAUGAGACAAGAUGGCAGGAGAGUUGACUGAUAAGAAGGAUCGUGACACAUCACCUUCCAAGGAAGAGAGGAAAAGGUCACGGUCUCCUGAUAGAGAGAGGGAGAGGGACAGAGAUCGAAAGUCUUCCCCUUCCAAAGAUCGGAAACGUCACAGGUCAAGGGACAGACGACGAGGAGGCAGCCAUUCCCGUUCACGUUCCAGGUCCAAAUCCACAGAAAGGGAAAGACGACAUAAAGAUCGAGAUCGAGACAAAGAUAGGGAUCGAAACAAGAAGGAUCGGGACAAGGAUGGACAUAGAAGAGACAAGGACCGUAAACGAUCCAGCUUAUCUCCUGGCCGAGGAAAAGACUCUAAAUCCCGGAAGGAUAGAGAUUCUAAGAAGGAUGAAGAUGAUGACCAUGGAGAGAAGAAGCCAAAGGCCCAGCCUUUGUCUCUGGAGGAACUUCUGGCCAAGAAGAAAGCUGAAGAAGAAGCUGAGGCUAAGCCCAAGUUCCUCUCUAAAGCAGAAAGGGAGGCAGAAGCCCUCAAGCGGCGGCAGCAGGAGGUAGAAGAGCGGCAAAAGCUGAUUGAGGAGGAGAGGAAGAAAAGGAAGCACUUCCAAGAUCUGGGCAGGAAGAUGUUGGAAGACCCACAAGAGCGAGAGCGCCGAGAACGAAGGGAGAGAAUGGAGAGAGAAACUAAUGGUAAUGAGGAUGAGGAGGGGAGGCAGAAGAUCCGAGAGGAGAAGGACAAGAGCAAGGAGCUCCAUGCCAUUAAGGAACGCUAUCUGGGUGGUGUGAAGAAACGGCGCCGUACAAGGCACCUCAAUGAUAGAAAAUUUGUCUUUGAGUGGGAUGCCUCUGAGGACACAUCCAUAGACUACAACCCAUUAUACAAGGAAAGGCACCAGGUGCAACUGUUAGGCCGAGGUUUUAUUGCUGGCAUUGACUUAAAGCAACAGAAACGGGAACAGUCACGUUUCUAUGGAGACCUGAUGGAGAAACGGCGCACUUUGGAAGAAAAGGAGCAGGAAGAGGCACGACUUCGAAAACUUCGAAAGAAAGAAGCCAAGCAGCGCUGGGAUGACAGGCACUGGUCACAGAAAAAGCUGGAUGAGAUGACAGACAGAGAUUGGCGCAUCUUCCGGGAAGACUACAGUAUUACUACUAAGGGCGGCAAGAUCCCCAAUCCCAUUCGCUCCUGGAAAGAUUCUUCACUGCCCCCACAUAUUCUGGAGGUCAUUGACAAGUGUGGCUACAAGGAACCAACACCCAUCCAGCGCCAGGCAAUUCCUAUUGGACUGCAGAAUCGUGACAUCAUCGGUGUGGCUGAGACUGGUAGUGGCAAGACAGCAGCCUUUCUUAUCCCUCUGCUGGUUUGGAUCACCACCCUUCCCAAAAUUGACAGGAUUGAAGAGUCGGAUCAGGGUCCUUAUGCAAUUAUCUUGGCUCCUACUCGUGAGUUAGCCCAGCAGAUUGAAGAGGAGACUAUCAAGUUUGGGAAACCCUUAGGUAUCCGUACCGUGGCUGUAAUUGGUGGCAUCUCCCGUGAGGACCAGGGCUUCAGACUACGCAUGGGCUGUGAGAUUGUUAUUGCCACCCCAGGAAGACUGAUUGAUGUGCUUGAGAACCGUUACCUGGUAUUGAGCCGCUGUACCUAUGUAGUCCUGGAUGAAGCCGACAGGAUGAUUGACAUGGGCUUUGAGCCAGAUGUGCAGAAGAUCCUUGAACACAUGCCUGUUAGCAACCAGAAACCAGAUACAGAUGAAGCUGAGGAUCCAGAGAAGAUGUUGGCAAACUUUGAGUCAGGCAAGCAUAAGUACCGCCAGACAGUGAUGUUUACAGCCACCAUGCCUCCAGCAGUGGAACGUUUGGCCCGUAGUUACCUGAGACGUCCAGCUGUGGUGUACAUUGGCUCUGCAGGCAAACCCCAUGAGCGUGUGGAGCAAAAGGUGUUCCUGAUGUCAGAGUCAGAGAAAAGGAAAAAACUCCUAGCAAUAUUGGAGCAGGGUUUCGACCCACCUAUCAUCAUCUUCGUCAACCAAAAGAAGGGCUGCGAUGUGCUGGCCAAGUCCCUAGAGAAGAUGGGGUACAAUGCUUGCACGUUGCAUGGUGGCAAGGGGCAAGAGCAGCGUGAGUUUGCACUCUCCAAUCUCAAAGCUGGUGCAAAGGACAUAUUGGUGGCCACAGAUGUAGCUGGUCGUGGUAUUGAUAUUCAGGAUGUAUCUAUGGUCGUCAACUAUGAUAUGGCCAAAAAUAUUGAAGAUUAUAUCCAUCGUAUUGGACGUACUGGGAGAGCAGGCAAGAGUGGUGUAGCCAUCACUUUUCUCACCAAGGAGGACUCUGCUGUUUUCUAUGAGCUAAAGCAGGCCAUAUUAGAAAGUCCUGUGUCAUCCUGUCCUCCUGAGUUGGCCAACCACCCUGAUGCUCAGCACAAACCAGGCACCAUCCUCACCAAGAAACGCCGUGAGGAAACCAUCUUUGCCUAACCCCACAGCCUUUUCCCUGGAUGUCAGAGAUGUUGUGGCUUCCUGUUGCUGGCUUCUUUGGGCCUUCACAUCUUUUUUUUUCAGCUUCCACUGGGUGAUAGAGGCUGAUGAAGCAUUUAAGACCAUCCUGCCUAAUCCCUCGGGCAGGCCCCAAAGCCUGUGAUUAGGGCCAUAAGGGAGGUAACAGAAGAAGGAGUGAUGUAAACCACCAAAAACUCUGGCCACACCAUAGCCAUCAGUGGGCUCUCCUAGGAUAGUAGAGACUUCCCUCUAGCUCUCACUUGGGCUUUGGGUUGGCAUUUUCCUCUAGACUAUCAGGCCCACAAAUGCCUGGAUGGACUCUUUUUUGGCACAGUCUUCUGAUUGCACUAGCCACAGCAGCAUUGCCUGGAAUGAUCUGAGGGUACUGAUACCAUGAAGGUUCUUUGACAUUGGCAGCUUUUCUUCGUGGUCACUUUGAUCACUUUUUCCUAUUUGGUUUAUAAAGCAAGUCAAAAGCUUUCAACCUAUAUAUAACUGCUGUGCCAGGGAGACAAUACUCCCCCCGAGUAUCUUUUUUUUUUUUUUUUUUUAAACAAAUGUUGUGAGGUCACAGUAGGACUGACUGGCUGUCUCUCAGUUAUUAGCUGUGAACAAUUCUGUUUUCUAUACUUUGAGAUGAAAAUUUGUAUGUUCUGGGAAUAAAUAUAUAAAUAUGUAUGUGUUUAGUCAGUCCCAGGUCAUAACUCAUAGAAAUAAAAGAAAAAUCUAAGUUUCUAGAUAAAUGUG